AUGGCUGUUUCUACAGACCAGUUCUCCGCCAUUUACGACAAGGCGAUCCAAAAGUACUACGAAAUCACGGGGAGACGCUCGCAGUUGACUUUAUCGCCAAAAUUCGCAGUGUUGACGAUCUUACGAAAGAAAUCGACGAGAGAAAACAGCACCUUUCGCGAAUUCCGCGAAAGGCGAGGCGCCAUCUUCGAUGUUCUGGAAACCGCCCUAAUCCCAGUGCAAUUGUUCGGCGACCUCGCGGCGGGGGGAGCGUCGAUGGCAUGCCCCCCCCAGCAGCCUGGUCUUUGGAGCCGUGAUUCAUUUGAUGGGUGCUGCGAAGGGUGUAUCGGCGUCCUACGACGCGAUUCAGGACCUGAUGCAAACGCUACAAGUAUGGAUUUCACCGCCCGACUAAAAGCAUACACGCAAGAAGCUAUCUCUGAGGCCUUAUCCGACAAGUUGAGCGAUAUCAUUGUGACUCUUAUCGAGAUUUUAUGCUUGUCAUCCAAGGCCAUCCGACGUGGCCGACUGCUUAAGUUCACUCGCAAUAUUUUACUCGGUAAUGACGGCGCCAUUCAAACCGCGAUGGUCAGACUUGGCAGGCUCACUGGAGUCGAAGCAAACCUAGUUGGGGCAGAGACCUUGACCGAGUCGAAGAGAGCCGGUCGUGUAGUUGAUGGUAUAUCUGUGACUGUCAACGCCACCAACGCGACUGUCCUGGAGACCGGAACGACGGUCAAUCAAAUGAGCGCACAGGUACAUGGGAUGCAGGAGAUGUUAGAAGAGCUGAUUGUUACUGCAAAAGAGGAAAAUCAGGUUCUCCAUGAGGAUCAAGAAGCCCUGCAGAGAUUCGUCAACCAGGUGGUUAGGCCGUCCAAAGUUGAUUCGGUGCAGGAAUGGUUCCACAAGAUACAUAAAGCCCGUGUGGCAGGCACAGGAGACUGGAUUCACAAGGAGGAUGUUUUCCAAUCCUGGAUCAAUAAGGAAACACCGGUCAUGUUUCUGUCUGGAAAUCCGGGGGCAGGGAAGUCAUUUCUGGUGGAAAAUAUGAUUAGUUAUCUUCUCGAGCAAUUUUGCACGGGUCUUCACCGUGACCCGCUGGUUUCGAUUGGAUACUUCUUCUUUAAGGGUGACAACCCCCAGACUAGGUCUUUUCACCAGGCGUUGCGAGACCUAGCCUUUCAACUCAGCAAGAGUGACCCAGAGUAUCAGAAGUAUCUCGCAACCAUUGAGGGAUAUGAACAGAUUAGCACUCUUGAGAGUGCCUGGCGCCUCCUCUUCGGGGAAUACUUCCUAAAGAGAUCUGAUAAUGAGAGCACCACUUACAUCCUGUUGGAUGGAGUGGAUGAAACUCUGGACGGGGAGCGGAGAAUCUUCAUCGAUCUAGCAAGGGAGCUGUAUGAUAACCAGUCGUGUUUGCAGCUAGCCAUCGUUGGCCAACCUUCUCUUAGCGAUCAGCUUCUUGAAGGCCUCGGGGUUAAGGUGCCAACCAUUCACGUCACCAAGCAGAAGAACUCUGGCGAUAUUACCCAGUACAUCCAUGUCAGCAUCAGAAAGUCAUUGGUUCUGCGAAAGGUGUCGGCAAAGCUACGGAAUGAAAUUAUUGACACACUCUCGGCGGGAGCAGAGGGCAUGUUCCUUUGGGUGAACUUAAUGCUCCAGGAGUUGAUUAAGAAGCGAAAUGAAACUAGUAUUCGAAAAGCACUGGCGCAGGCUCCUCGGGGACUCAAUGAGAUGCUUCGACAUGUGCUGGCCACUUUCUCCCGAAGCUCCAACGAGGAGGAGCUCGAGUACCUCAAUGAAACUUUGCUCUGGGUCACAUGCGCCAACCAACCCUGGAGACUAUCCGACAUAGAAACGAUCCUCAGACUGAAAUCACCGGAAGGUGAUGGCAUGAUUGACCUUGAAGGUGCCCUACGUCGCCAAUGGGCGUCAUUCUUCACCCUGCACCGAGAAGAUGGCCUUACAACGGCCGACCUGGAGAAUGGAUCAGCCCAUCUGGACGCUUUUGGCUGGCUGGCCGAUGAGGAGAAAGAGGAUGAACAUGAGAGUUGCGAGGAGGACUACUUCACGGCCUUCAACUCAAAACCGAAUACUACUACUGUAACCUUUUGCCAUUCAUCCAUUGGCGACUUCCUCCGCGAUGAAUCGGAGGGCAAGGUGUCGGCUACUGGGGGUCACACAGCUGUCGGGGUGAAUUACCAUGAAGCCAGACCACAUAUCCUCAAGACUUACUUAAGGCUGAUCACCGAUCCUGAGUUUACAAGAAAGGCCAACGACUCAGGGCAUAUGCUCCAACAUGCAGCGCGACAUUGGGGUGACCAUCUACUCUCCACUUUGCCAGCCCAAUGCUCAUUAGACGACAGGCGAGAUAUUGCAAAGAUGCUAUUGACGGUCUUUCGAUCGGAAGAAUCAAUGUUGAACUGGCUUGGUGGAAACAUUUGGGUGCUUCGUAGCGCAACCAUCGAAGCUCUCCGACCAUGGUGGGAAGGGCAAAACGUCCACGAGGUUCUAUCUCCGGAAGAGAAAGAGUUUAUGUCCACGAUGGAGGAUGAUCCAUCCAAUAUAUUCAAACCAAUGGUAAUGUUCUGCAUCAAGAGGUGGCUGUUGGAAGACUUGGAUAAUCCUGACCCAAUGGUCUCCAUGGUCUGGCGCUACCAAAUGUUAGUUAAAGGUGAGGAGGCCCACGAUUACGAUAGAAACAUAACAGCGGAAGAAAUAGUCGAAGCCGCUGAGUUCGGUGGCUUCGAGAAGACCAGUCGAUGGUUUCGACAAUGUGCGACCGCUCUGCGUCAAUCGUGGUACCAUGAAGAAGCCCUCGAGUAUUUCAUACAGGCGAUGGAACUUAAUCCAGAUGAUUGGCGAACCAUGCGUGAGUUAGCACAUACAUACCAGGACCAAGACGACUGGCAGACAUCUAUUGAGUUCUGGGAACGGACUCGACUAAGCUUGUUGACCACAAUUAAGGAGUCACCAAAAGACACGACACUGAAAGAACAUCUUCAUGGGUGCUUGGAGCAGAUGGGUCAGAUAUAUCGGGAUAAGGAGAACCGGCAGAAGCGAUUCGAGGCAGCUCAAGAGGCAUAUAAAUAUGCGCCCUCCUGUUGGACCUGUAUUGCUGCCCUUCUGGAAUGUCAUAACGACAACCACGAUCACAAAGCAACCAUGGACGUGCUGAAGAAGUUAGCGGAAACUCCAGCCCCGGAAGAGGAUUGCUCACAGUUAACUCAAUUCUUACUGGCCAACGUAUUUGAUGUUGAUUUGAAAUCAAGGCUUGCUGCAGAUGCCGCAUUGGCUACCAAUGAUCUGGACUUCGUGUUGGAGAACUUGCAAACGGCAGCCAGGGUGGCUCGAACAGCUUCGAGGACGUUGAUUGCUGUAGAGGUGGAUAUGGCAAUUGCUAGGAUUUACAGUGAUAUCCUUCUUGACCACCUGAAGGCAAUCAUGUGCUGGGAGAAGGUCAUGGAUACAUACUCUUUCUCCUCGGAUGGGACACUUAUCGGAAUUAUUAGACAUCUCGCCUCCACGAACCUGGCUCAGGCGUUUCUCUGCAACGCAAUCGAGGCUGGAAUUGACACUCCAGAGGCGGUAGAAUCAUUGGCCAAACUUGAGAAGGUCGUUGACCGAAGCCAAUCUUAUUCCUUUGGAAGUUACGCAUCCGUGCCAGCCGUCUACUUGGGCAUCUUCUGCCACCUCCGAGGUCAGAAAGACAGGGCUCGAGCUCUCUUCCGAUCCUCACUACAACGAAGCGUCUUAAGCCUCCGCGACAAUCACCCCACAAAUGACGAGCUUACUGACCUGCAAUAUACUCUGAUUAGGGCGGGAGACUUGAAGAAUGUCGUUGCAAUAGCCCACAGAGCAGACGAACACAAUAGUGACCCCUGGUAUAUAUGUCGCGGUUUAUGCCGGCGAAAAAUACCUACACGGAAUGGUUUUUCUAUCUGUUCCAUCUGUUUGGAAGAACAAUGGUGUCCGGAGUGCGUCAAACUCAUGGAGUUGGUGAUGCCAAAGAAGAGGUGUCAUUCACAGCACGUGGUGUACUGGAUCUCCAUUCCCCCCCAAUCAAAGAGCAUUUCCAGCGGUAUGAUGCUGGUCGAUGGCGAAGAAAUCGAGUUCGAGGCGUGGUUGAAACAGUUGAAGAAGGAGUGGGCUCUUGAUGCUUCCAAUCCUUCAAAUUCGACUGCAGGUCAGUUUGGUUUAGGUGACUUUUUACUAGGCAUUGUGGCGUAA